CUUUUUGGAUGAAUGAUAUCUUUAACGAUCCAUUGCUAUUUAUGAAUUCAUCUAAUCCUUAGUGACAGGACAUGGGCAGGUUAGGGAAGAAUCGUACCGACCCAGAGCCUUGGAUCGAGGAGCUUAUUCGGGAAUACGGGACAGCCAUUCCACCAGACCGAGCCGUGAAGGCCACCAUCGUUGGGGUGAAAGAUCUGACCGAGUCCCAAGACGAGACAGACGCGAGCUGUGCCAUAUUUCUGUCCGAUGGGGUGGUCUUCAUCCCCGCAGUGCUCACCAAAGGAGCCUGGGAGAGACUGCAGGAUAUGGAAGAGAGGGAGCGUUUCUCUGGACUUACGGAUGCCAUCGUCAGUGCGAAGAGCCUGCAGCUCAACUUUCACUUGGAGCCUGAACUGGCAAACUGUCAGUUUUAUGUAACCGUCAACCAGAUGAGCACCACUGGGCAGGCCAGCAACCACAAUGCCGUUCCGAACUGUGCGACAUUGGCGUCAGUCAAAGACCUCAUCCUCAAGCUGUGGAGUUCCAGACUAGAGGAGACAUCAUCACAGUCUCAGUAUGGGUUCCGCCUGACAGAGUUACUGGAGGAGUGGGCCAACCUCAACACACAGCCGGACAUGAUUGACAGCCAGGCGGCUCUGUCUCAGCCAACCACCUCUCGCCUUUUUGUGAACACGCCCCCUGCCCCCCCGACCACCUCUCGUCAAAUCGGGGGCUCGUCUGCAGAGUCAAGCACCUCCCACCAGCCAGAGGCACCUCCCGCCACUACCCAGUCGCCACCGUUAUUGGAGGAGGAGGAAGAGGAAAGGGAGGCGGCAGAUGUCCAUUGGCUGAGAGGGAUAAUGAGAAGGCUUGCAUCGCAGUCAUGUGAUCGUCUGGUCACUCCUACUCGGUGGGACCAGGAUCGACUGGCAUAUAAAGUUGAGGAGGGCUUCUCUAUACCGGCACAUCACCUUCUGAUCCCAGAGAACCAGGGAGGUGUGAGCGCCAUGCCAACAACAUCAACAUCAGCAUCCGCAUCCACAAGCAGCUCGACUCCCAGUGAUCUGGUUGGCACCCCACGUGACGCGCAGGCAGCUCAGCCUACCCCUCCCCAAGACCCCUCCUCAGAUCAACCAGGCACCACCCAGAGAGAUGUCCGAGACCAGCUGCCCUCCUCUGGGGAGAGGACGGAUGAUUCGCCCCCUUGCAGUGGUGUGUUGGCGGAAGCGGAGCAGUCACGUGAAGGCGGUGCGUGGGAUAUCUUUGGGCCAGUGGUUGAUAUGCUGAGAUCACCAUCUUCAUCCGAGAUUUCAGCCACACCUGAGGACCUACCAGUGCAUCAGAGCCAAUCUGCGGUGGUGAUUCCGGAGAACCUCCCCCUGUUUCAGAGCCAGUCAGACUCAGCCACCCCAGACAACCUCCCGUUGACCAAGAUCCAAUCAGAUUCAGUUACCCCAGAGAACCUCUGUUCCGCUAUUUCGGAACCUGGAGCCGCCACGCCUAGGAAGAUGCUUCCACGUCCAUUGGGCUAUACCGCAUUGGACCCUCCAGAGAAUCUGGAACACUCGGACAGCCAAUCAGGCUCUACGGGUUCUACAGACAACUUCCCGUUCCACCAAUCUCUCCUGGCCCGCCUGAGCCCUAAACCAAUAGGAACCAGCACGCAAAUCGUCUCGUCCAAUGGCAGCAGCGGUCAAGGGACUGGCUCCACCUUGCCACCCUAUCAGGCGCCACUGCCCUCUGGCCUCAGCCCCGCUCCCUUGAGCGGCAAGCGUUGCACUCCUGAGGCAGAGGAAGAGGAGGAGGAUGAAGAUGGCAAGGCGGCCAGGAGCCCUCCGUCGUGGAUCGCGCAAACACAGCAGAAGCAGACCCAGACCCAGCAGCGCGAGGCCAAGAAGCGCAUGAUACUCUCCCCUUCCAAGCAGACCUGGGUGCACUCGGAUGGUUCUGCGUUUGCAAACAAGUAUGAAGUGUCUGUAAAAGAUAUGUGUGCCCUUGGAAACUUUAAGGUUUCAGCAGAGGACCUUGACUGGGCCAUGUGCUACCUAUUGGCUCCACCACAGCCCUCUGCACCGCCCAGGUGAAGGGACAGGAGCAGAGAGGGCCCACCUGAAUGGCUCUGUUUCAGAUGCUGCAUACUGAGCAAAUCUGCACAGCGCACAUGCACACUACGUAAUCACAGAACAUUCUGAUUAGACAUUCCUAACCAGAAUGCAUUGUAGUUUCGCAGGGCAAAUGCACACUGCACAGCCUGCACCAUCGUGAAUGAACCCAUUAUCUAACCUCCUGUCCUUGCCUUGCACUUGUGGCCUUGUGCUUCGCUGAUACCCUGCCUCCAUGGUGGAAACAAUGAAGUUUCCCCGCUGUCAAGCGAGGCACAACAACUUUUGGGGCACUUUUCCCCAUUCAACAUCCCAUCCUGAUAUAUGUUCAGGAUAUCAUUUUGUCAUGCAAGCUGCAUCAUAACGAAGGUAGUGAAUUUGUUCUGUACAUAACUUGUAAAUGCUGUGUGUGUAUUAUAUUGUGUGGCAUAACAGUAUUUUUGUGUGUUCUUGUAUGUUGCUUACUCUGUAGGCUUAUUCCCCUUUUUGUGUUUUGUGUUUUUGUACUGUGUUAAUAAAUAAACUAUUUA